CCAAAUUACCAGAAAAGAGCUUCAUACCAUCAACUAAGCCAGACAUGAGUCUUCAAUCUUCUACCAGUAUUUUAAAAGACGUUAAGAAGCCAACUCCUUCUUUGACAACUUCAAACUUAACUUCACCAACCCAGCAAUCCAAAACUCCUAUUAGCAGUGCAAAUAAGACCAUCCCCCCUAAAGGUAUAAUAAAAAAUUCUCGUCUCGACUCUACCACCCCCAAGACCUCCACAGUAUCUCCGGCCACAUUUCCUCCUACGGACCAAUCUCUCAAAGUUGACCUCCUCAUGGAAUCUAUUUCAGCACCUCCUACAAUAGCAACAACAGCAUCAGAAAGGGAACAGAAAAAAUUAGUUGAACAAAAGAAACAAAAAAUCUCAUUCCAGACUUACAUGGAGAAACAUGUCAAAUCAAAACCAAAAUCCCCCCCUCGUGAAAAAACCAAUGUUUUUGAAGCCUUCAAAGAUAUCAUCUCUUCAGAAGCUGAUUGUGGCACAAAACCAAUAUCUGAAUCCCUUGUUACCACCCCAACAACCACUCCCUUAUUAGAAAAGAUAAAGCCUUCUUUGGUGAUGCCUCCCGGUGUUGGUACAUUUACUAAUUCCUUAUUCAGCCCAUUGUCCCCGACGCCUCAGAUUCCCAGAGAUCCAAGGAUUCCAUCAAAAUUGCCUCUCCCAUUUUCAAAAGAACCUCCCUUGCCAAAGAUCAUACCAACUAUUCCCAAGUCGGCAAAGGAGGAUCUGAAACCACUUCUAAAAGACAAACCUUCAAAAUCAACAAUGUCACACAAGAAGGCACCACCACCAAAAACAAUUCCAACCUCUAUAACAAUUCCCUUGGAUGACCCCCGGGAACAAUCACAAGCUCCAGUUGACCCUCGACUCAGCAGAAAACCCCCACCAAGCCAACCUGACUUUCAUCCUAUAAAGGAAUCCCUACCAAAGCCUUCCACUUUGAAUGACCCCUCACUCCCCAGAGACCCUCGUCUUUUGAAAAUGUAUGGCGAAUAUCAAUCUGAUGGUGUUGUGGGUAGCAAAAUAGGUAAAACGCCCACGCAGGAAACAUCAGCUGAUGUGUACAGCCCUGUGAAGCUAAAAUCGGAUCCGACUGAUGGUGUCUCUGAUAUAAUUGGAAAGAGCAAACCUUUGAUAAAGAAAGAUACUUGGAACCUCUGUGCCAUUCAGACUGUUGAUGACAGGCCCAAACCACCAAGAAGACCGUUAUCCACAAAUGAGGAAAUUUUCCUUGAUAAAUCCUUGAGUAAGCAGAAGCCUGGAACCCAAGGUGAAGAUAUUCCAGCUUAUGCCCAAUCAUCCAGGCGAAAAUCGGAAAGUUGUCGCCGGAAGCGUCGACAGCCUGAUCGAAGACACAGCUCCCAUGAAGAAAGAUUUUACAAGAGACGUAUGCGGCAAAGCAAUAAAGAAGAAGGGGUUUCAAACAAGCCAGAAAAUUAUCCCUACGAGCGAAUGGACACCUACCCAUGUGAACCCCCAGAUGGAUACCCUCGCGAUCGGAUAGAAAGCUAUCAGCACAGUCGGAUGGAUUGUUACCCAGCGGAUAAAUCUGAAGAUUAUCCAACAAGCAGAGUAAAUUAUCAGCCUGAUGGUCCAGAGGAUUGUCCACCUGAGAGACCUGGAUUUUAUCCACCAAAUCGCAUGGAUAAUUACAACAAUGGCAGGUCAGAUAAUUUUCCUCGUGGCAAACAGAAAAGAUUCCAUGGGAAACGCAGCCGUUUCUUUCGUGGAAAAUUUGCACCUUAUUCCCACAAUAAAUCUGGUGGACAUUUCCGAGAUGAAUCCAACAGCUAUCCAGACAACAUUGAUGAUAGGUACCCACGGGGAAGAUCCGACAGUUAUCCAUAUGGAAAGGCCGAUUGCUACAUGCCGGAUAAUUAUGGUCCCUCACAUGACCCUGAUGAUUAUAUACAGGACGAGUCAGAUGGCCUUUUGUAUGAGAAAUCCGAUGAUUAUAUACCAUUCAAGAAGGGCUAUUCACACAAUUGGCCUGAUCGGCACCAUCAUGGAAGAAGAGGGGGUAGUUAUUCUCCAGGUCAUGAGGAAGAGUAUCCUAAUAAUAGUCACUUUCUUGGAAGGGGUUCCCCCCCAAGAGAUGAGGAGGCAUUGCACCAAGGAAGAUACCCUUCAGAUAAUUGGUCCACCACUAUAUCACACUUAAGAGAGAUUAAAAUAGAAGUCAAAAAUAUCUGUAGAGAUAACAAAGGUCAAAAUGUAGUUGGAAAGUCGGUUUCUAGUGAAAACCUUGCAGUUGAAGCUUUGCCAGAGACAGAAAAGAAAUCCGAGAAGGAAUCUAUGAUGUCCGCUGGUCAGUACAGCUACGGGGACCAACAUAAGCAAACUGGCCCAAACCAAGCUUCUGCUAACCAUCCGGAAGAGGAAGAUAAAAAGAUGCGAGAUACAUUUGAUACAAUUGACAACUACCUUCAGAUGUUUGUGAAGGAAGGCUGUACAGAAUACAAGAUACUGAAGAAAGCUCUUGGAGUGCCACUCGAAACUAGAUUUGAUAGCAUGUCAAAGACCAAGCGGAAGAAGAUCCGUAAAAAAAUCCAAAGUCAACUUCAAGCUCUAAAACAGGCUCCAAGCAUUAGCAACAGUGAGGGGAUGGUGCCAGAACCUGACAACACACAUUUUCAGGCCCCAGAAAAGCCAUCAUUCAAAAUGGAAGACUUUCAGAACUUCUCUUCAUUUGAAGGAAAUACCAACUCUAUGGAUUAUUUAAAGAAUUGGCUAAACCAGCGUCCAGAUGAAGAACAGUUGCUUCAUUCAAGAUCUUCAUCUGAGACACGAGAUGAUUCUGAAGAGGAUGGUAAUCCAAUUAGUAAUGUUGCCGAGAAUCCUGAAGAUUGGACAAUUGCGGACCCUGAGUUAAGACGAGCCAUUAAGACGGUUGCUUGGAUGGAAAAGAGCCCCGGAUUUGGCACUCCUCAUCAAAGAGUUCCACUUAAUCUGCUGCUGGCUGAAGAGAAAGAUAAUUUAUUCUCGUUUGAAGGUUGUUUUCUUAUCUUGAUGCGAAAAAUCCCGAGAAAAGCUGUUGAGCGUCUUGUGACACUGCGGGAAGUUCUCAAUAUUUUGACAUGUGAUAUGCAAGCUGCACAGAAGGCCAAUGACAUGAUAAAAUUCCACAAACUGCAAGCCACAAAAACUAAACUCCAUGAACGACGCAAGGACCUGCUGGAAAAGUUCACAGGGUCAAUCAACCCUCAACGUUUGCAAACAAUCAAGGAGGCAAAAAAGAUUUUUGAAAAUUGCUUAGAGUACAUGAAGAAGAAACCAGAACAUUUGCCUAACAUUGAUAAAGAAUUUGUGGUCAAAACUAUAAAGGCUAUCCAAGGUCAUAUCAACAUGACCAAAAAGUUUUUGGAUGAACAAGCUUCCACAAAUGCCGCUCCCCCCAUGUCUUCCAUUGGAUUCAGCCAUGAUAUGAUUGGACCUAAUUCAGCUCCAGAUGCUGCCUGGUCCUGGUUCGGCCACAGAAAUAUGGACAAGCCAAUUUCGGGCUGUUACAACACACCAUGGAACAAUAUGCCAUUUUGA